GGAUGUUGUGUUCUCGCGCGAAGGAGCGAAAAUUUGACGUAAUGGCGGCAGUAAGAAGAAAACGGCCUAUAGAUGCUGUACAUGCUGAAGUCAGCAUCAGAAGGGAACAAAAAUCAAUGAAGAUGAAUUCAGAAUAUGUAGAAGGUUCAAUUGUUCGCAUAAAAUUGGAAAAUAUUUUAACAUAUGAUUCUGUCGAGUUUUUUACUGGGCCCUAUCUCAAUGUGAUCAUAGGACCCAAUGGGACAGGAAAAUCCACCAUAGUUUGUGCAAUAUGUCUGGGUCUUGGUGGGAAAAUUGGACUUUUAGGAAGAGCACAGCAGGCAGCAGAAUUCAUCAAAUAUGGCAAGCAAAAAGGAAAAAUUGAGUUGGAAUUGUUCAACACAGAUGGAGACAAUUACGUGAUUGUGCGGGAAAUACACAGAAACAAUCAAUCGCAGUGGAGUGUCAAUGGACGGGGUGCUCCCUUGAAAGCUGUGGAAGAACUAGUCACAAGUAAGAAUAUCCAGGUUGGGAAUCUAUGUCAAUUCCUGCCUCAGGAGAAGGUUGCAGACUUUGCAAAAAUGACACAAGAGGAGUUAUUGGAAAAUACAGAGAAGGCUGUUGGGCCCCCAGACAUGUAUGAAAACCAUGCAAAAUUGAAGGAGGCUAGGAAUGAAAGUCGAAGUCUACAACAAGGGUUUGAUAAUCUUGAAGAACGAUUAGCACAAAACAUUAACAAAAAUAGCAGAUUAGAACAAGAUGUGAAGAACUUCCAGGAACGUGAACGGCACUUGGAAAAAGUUGCAGUGCUGAAUAAGAAGAGGCCAUGGAUAGAAUACGAUGAAAAGAGAAAAGCAUAUGAUGUGGUAAAACAGGAACGGGACACUAAAGUGGAAGCUCAUAAACAAGCAAAAGUGCAGUUUGAACCUUUACAGAAGAGGCUUGAUAAUAUUGCAUCAAAGAAGGAAUGGGCUGAUGUAGAAAUGAAGAAAAAGACAAAUAGCCUGAGAGAUUUUGCGACAAAAGCCCAGGCGAAUAGCAAGGAGAUAGAAGCUGCUACUGACAAGAAUAAUGAAAUUUUGGAUGAAUUGAACCUCAAAAAGACAGAAGAAAACGGAAGGCGAAAGAGGAUACAAGAUCUACAGCGACAAUUGGAUGCUCUACAGUCUGAAUAUCAAAACACAGAUGAACAGGAAAAUCUGCAGCCACUACUAGAAAAGACGACCAAUGAAAUGCGAGUGGUCAACAGAAAAAUGACGCAAAUACAUGAAGAGGGUGAUGGGAUCCGACGUGGUAUAGCAGAUUUAAAGAGGCAAAUAGACGGAUAUCAACAGGAGCUGAAGAAGAUGCAGAAUGUGGAGAACAAACGAAUGGAGAUUUUGCGGGGAAAAGACAAGGACACUUACAAUGCUGUCAUCUGGUAUAAACAGAACAAAGAUCAGUUCAGAGGCAAUGUCCAUCUCCCAAUGAUGUUAUCUAUAAAUCCAAAGGAUGCCUCUUAUGCCAAGUACAUAGAGAUGCACAUUAGUGCUAAAGACUUUCAGGCCUUUGUGUUUGAGGACAGUCAAGAUUACACCAACUUCAUGAAUGUUAUUCGUGAUGAACAGAAGUUGAAGGUCAAUGCUGUCAAGGUUCCACAAGCUCCUCUCGAGUCCUUUAGACCAAGAUACAGCAUUGAUCAUUACAGG